AUGUCUAUAACAUGGUCAAGACAAUCUGGAGAAUGGGCAAUAUUUUAUGGAUUUUAUGGAUGGUUAAGUUAUGACUUCAUUCUAAGACUACUUGAUAAAACACCUUUAACAGUAGAAAUUAAAAGUGGAAUUUAA